AUGACCACCUUCAAUGAACGCGAGCAGAAGCUCAUGGCCGCUGCCUGCCAGUCGUUCGAGGGAGAGCCCAAGCUCGACAUCCACAAGUUCGCUGAGCGCUCCGGCCUCGCCGUCGGCUCUGCCCGCAAUGCCUGGGCUGCACUGAAGAAGAAGCUCUAUGCCGCCGACACCACCUCAAUCAAGGGUGUCACCAAGACCCCUGCCAAGUCCUCUGGAAAGAAGCGCCCUGCUCCUAUCGUCCUGCCCGGCAACGACGAUGCUUCUGAUGAUGAGGAGGUCUCCACCCCUUCCAAGAAGCCCAAGACUCCCAAGACCACGGCCAAGGGAAGAACCAAGUCACAGGCAAAGCCUCCAAAGUCCGACGACGAAGAGGAGGACGAGGAGGACGGAUUCGUGAAGGUCAAGGAGGAGCCUCUUGGAGAAGACUUUGAGGAGGCUUAG